ACGGCCGUGAUUAUUGAGCAUACCUAGCCGUAUUUUACGUUGCAUUAUGGGGGGCUCAAUUCAGAAUUAGUGAUUCAGUCGCCGUGGGCUCCAUGGCAUGCAGUUUCGUAUGGGCUUUCGGGUUUUUAAUCAUCUCGACUAUUGCUCCGAAUGCCACUUCACAUCAAAAUUCGCUUGAUAAUCUACAGGACGAUGGAUCAUUAUUGGCUUUCAUGAAAAAUGUAUUUAAAGACACGAUUCCUCUGUGAUUUAGAGACCAUCAUCACGAUACAGUCACAUUUCAUUUCGCAUCUCUUUUAACUAGAGUAUUCAUCGCUUUACCGUUAUACCCUACUCAUCUCAAUCAAUACCCAUCAUGUCAACAGAAUCAAAACUCUGGCAGCCCCUCAAGCUAGGCAACACCACCCUCUCCCAUCGCAUUGCCCUCGCCCCUCUAACCCGCUUACGGAACGACGACGACCAUCUCCCCCUACCCCUCAUGAUAAAAUACUACGCCGACCGCGCCUCAACCCCCGGAACCCUCAUCAUCAGCGAAGCAACCGGUGUUUCCAAAACAGGCGAAGCAAUUCCCAACCUACCGGGCAUCACCUCCCCAGAGCAGAUCGAGGGCUGGAGAAAGAUCUACGAUGCCGUUCACGCCAAGGGGAGUUACAUGUUUCAGCAGCUUUGGGAUCUGGGAAGGGCGGGUGACCCGGAUUAUCUGAAGAAGAGAGGGUACAAGUACUCGUCGAGUAGUGCGGUUCAGAUGGAGGGGAAGAAUGUGAAGCCUGAGGCGCUGACGGAGGAGGAGAUUUGGCAGAAGAUUGGGGAAUUUAGACAGGCUGCGAGGAAUGUUGUUGAUGCUGGUGGCGAUGGCAUUGAGAUUCACGGUGCUCAUGGAUAUCUUAUCGAUCAAUUCAUUAGCGAAAGUGUCAACAAGAGAACCGACAAGUGGGGAGGUUCCGUUGAGAACCGCGCGCGCUUCCUCCUCGAAGUCAUAAAAGCCACAGUCGAAGAAAUUGGCGCUGAGCGAACUGCCCUCCGUCUAAGUCCCUUUGCAACAUACCAGGCCGCGUAUACCGCCAACACUUGGGACCAAUUCGGCUACAUCUUUAAUGAACUCAAGAAGACUGGAUACAAGCUCGCUUAUGUCUCACUCGUCGAGCCCAGAGGAAACCCCGCUACUAUCCUCGCUACACCUAAGGAUCUUGCUUCAGACAAGGUCAGUCCCUUUGGGGACAGGAAGCAGAGCCUCGAAUUUCUUCUCGAGAUGUGGGAUAAUCAGUCCCCUGUUAUUGUCGGGGGUGGAUAUAUUCCCGACAACGUGUAUGAUGCUGUUGACGAGAGUUACAAGAAGUGGGAUGUUGUGGUGGCGUUCGGGCGAUGGUUUAUCUCCAACCCUGACUUGGUCUACCGACUUAAGUAUGGGGUUCCUUUGACGCCUUAUCAGAGGGAUACAUUCUAUGCCCGCAAGACUGACAAGGGCUAUAAUGACUAUACUUUCAGUCAGAGAUAUUUGGAGGCUACCAAGGCAUAG